AGUACCAAGAGUAAUAGAGUAUCUUUGUUUAGACAAAAUUUCAAUAUCGUUUGUUGUUGCUCUUGUAGAGCCGUGUAGACCUACAAGCAAUGUUCGCAACUGUGGUAGUUUUGCGUGGCAUUUUGCCAGCCGUGUUAGCUGGCUAUUUUGAUCAUCUCUUCUGUAUAUAGAUCAACACGUUUCACGUUCCGCUCAAAUGUCCGUCUUUGUAAAACUCCUUCCCCAUUCUAUGCAAUCGAGUUUAUGCGUAUGUCUUACACCGUACACGGCGUUCGCAUACAUAUCGUUCAAUAGCCAUCCAUCCAGCACGACCGACAUAUUCCGAAACAGCACGCAAACUCGCUUAUCUGGAGGCACUUGUAAGGGUAAGCGAUGCGCAGUCAUAGGUCGCGUUCGACAUCGUGUAUGUCACUGCGCGGACCUGAUAGGUUCGAGGUCUUCAUGUGUGAGUAAUGGCGAUGUUUCCACUUGUCCGCAUUCACGCCCCCCAUAGAAAAUGACAACAUGCUUGCGUUGGAUAUAUAGCCAAUUUUUGAUAUCACGUGGGG